CCCCAGACAAGGCAGCCGACCACAGGAUGAAGUCUGUCCAGGUUUGCUUCCUCAUCUGUCUCUGGAAAGCCAUCUGCUGCAACAGCUGUGAGCUGACCAACAUCACCAUCGCGGUGGAGAAAGAGGAAUGCCGCUUUUGCAUCAGCAUCAAUGCCACUUGGUGUGCAGGCUAUUGCUACACCCGGGACCUGGUGUACAAGGACCCGGCCAGGCCCAACACCCAGAAAACAUGCACCUUCAAGGAGCUGGUGUAUGAGACAGUGCAAGUGCCUGGCUGUGCUCACCAUGCAGAAUCCCUGUACACAUACCCGGCAGCCAUUGAAUGUCACUGUGGCAGGUGUGACAGAGACAGCACUGACUGCACCGUGCGAGGCCUAGGGCCCAACUACUGCUCUUUCAGUGAAACGAAAAAAUAAGGAGUAGUGGAUGACUGGGGCUGCCUACCCUCGUCCCGAAGGACCAAGCUACCCAUGUGCUGUGUGUGUACAACAUGCCGGGCUGCAGGCCACUGUGGGCUCGGGGAUCUCAAACCCCACUGACCCCGACUCCCCUGGCAGAGGGGGAGCUUGAGGGUGUAGGAAUUGAGAGUGCUGGAGCUGGCAGUCUGUCACCACUCAACCCUGUAACCUAGGUCUGGUUCCAUAAGUUUUUAUCAGUCUUACUUAACUUACGGACAUGUGACCACUUUCCUGUCUAGUCUUAGAAAUCUUCUCACGCAAUCCCUCCUCUUAAAGAUAGGGACACCUAUGUCCAGGGGGAGGAGAUAAGAUGGGAGUGGGUGAAAGUAUAAAAUGUAGCAUUCUUCUGGUCCACUCGUGGGACCUCCUGAGCAGGGCCAGCAUCUUCUUCAUGACUGGAGCCUCAAUGCCUAGCCAUGCUUGGAGUUUAGUAAUAAAUUCAACAAUGGCUUCCUUAAGGAAAAUCAGAUCAGAAAGGUAGGGGGUAGAAAAACACUGAAAAGAUGUUUGAGUCUGGCUGAUGAGGUGGCCCCCAGCAAUGCCACUCAGUCCACAGAAGUUAGGACAGCGUUUCCACCUCACCUUUCCUCCUUUGGCACAUGGAGUACUGGGACAGGAGGCAUAUGUCUGAACUGCUCAGUAUAGAUAAAAAUUAAGACUGCCAAGCUAUUUCUACCAAGCCCUUCAGUUAAGGGCAAAAGCCAGAAAUGUUCACGUGGGCCUGUGGAAAUUAGCCUACAUCUAUUCCAUCAUUUAAACAAAUUGAACAAAUGCUGUAACGCUCCUGAAAAACUCCCAUUGCAAAGUAAAAAAAACAACACAAGAAAAACUAGUUUAUCCUACCCUCUGGGCUGACAUUCACUCUGUUGUAGGGCGAAGGAUUUGAAACGUUUCAAAGCAAUUUCAGCAACUUAUUAAGUACAUGUACCUUAUCUACAAAUACAUUUGUGUAAAGAAAUAGCUCUUUUAGAAAAAAAUUAGGCAUAAGGAAAGAAAAAAACCUGCUAUUUCCUGAAUACCCUCUAUAGCAGUCUUCUCUUUUUGCCUAUCCAUACUCUCCCAAAUCUAUGAUUUUUUUCAUGAAGGAACAUAUCGAAACUAUUUCAUGAGUACCUCUCUUAGUUACGCACUUGUUUCACAUUUAACAUUGUUUAAUUUAUUUAAAUCUUAUGUUUUACAUAGAUACAACUCACUAGAGUCACAGAUUUGCAUUUUUUCCACAGGCAAGCAGAUGAUUUAUGUGUGUAUGUUUAUACUAUCAGUAAAAAAAUAUUAAA